CCCGGAAGAAAACGAGGUGGGGUAAAAGGUCAGGGGUUGUGAAAACGACAUGUCGGAGAAGCUGGGGAAAGGGGGGAAGCGUCAGAAGAUGCAAGGCGAUGCAGCAAAAGCGGAGGAGGCUGCGAGCCCUGGGGAAGACCGAGAUGCACCUGUCGAGCAGGGCCAGGUCCUGUUCCCGCCGUCGUUCAGCGUCUCCGAAAUCAAGAACAAGCAGCGGCGCCAUUUCAUGUUUCUGCGCUGGAAGCAACAGCAGAGGAAGGAAAGGUUAGCCCUCAAGAAAAAGCGAAAAAAGGAGCGAGAAGCCCUUGGAGACAAGGCACCACCAAAACCAGUACCAAAGACAAUUGAAAACCAGCGUCUAUAUGAUGAAACCACAGUAGAUCCCAAUGAUGAAGAGGUUGCUUUGGAUGAAGCCACAGAUGAAUUUGCCCCAUACUUCACUAGACAGACAGUUCCAAAGAUUCUUAUUACAACAUCUGACAGGCCCCGAGGGAGAACUGUGAGAUUCUGUGAACAGUUAUCAAAGUGCAUUCCAAAUUCACAUGUUUACUAUCGAAGAGGACUGGCUCUUAAAAGAAUUAUUCCACAGUGUAUUUCAAGGGACUUCACAGACCUGAUUGUUAUUAAUGAAGAUCGAAAAAUACCAAAUGGGCUUGUGUUAAGUCAUUUGCCUGAUGGUCCAACUGCUCAUUUUAAGAUGAGUAGUGUUCGUCUACGUAAAGAAAUAAAGCGAAAAGGAAAAGAUCCCACUGAACACAAGCCUGAAGUAAUUCUGAACAACUUUACAACACGAUUAGGACAUUCUAUUGGUCGUAUGUUUGCUUCUCUCUUUCCUCAUGAUCCUCAGUUUGUUGGUAGACAGGUGGCAACAUUUCACAAUCAGAGGGAUUAUAUCUUUUUUCGAUUUCAUAGAUACAUCUUUAAAAAUGAAAAAAGAGUGGCAAUUCAAGAACUUGGCCCACGUUUUACCUUGAAAUUGAGGUCUCUUCAGAAAGGAACAUUUGAUUCCAAGUUUGGAGAAUAUGAGUGGAUUCACAAGCGCCGUGAAAUGGACACAAGUCGAAGGAAAUUCCACUUAUAAGAGCAUCUACAGCAGCAGAUCAGAAACAUGGACACAGAACCAGUGAUGAUGAUGUCAGCUUACUUUUAUGGUGCAAUAAAACUUUAGUAAAAAAAGA